UAUUCGACGCACGCGAAGCAGCGAAAUUGUGCCAGACAGUCUGAGUAAAACGUCGCGUCAAGUUCUCGAUAGAUCUGUUUAUAUAUAUACACAUACAUAUAUAUCUAUUCAGUAUAUAGACGCAGCUAUGCAACAUGCCUAUAUCCAUAUGCAAAGCGUUUAGUGUGGCAGCCAGUUCGAGUUUGUGAUUGUCAUAUAAAAAUAGUGAAGACGUCAUGUUCCAUUGAUUUGUGCAAAAUUUCGAUAAAUCAUCGCGAAGAUCAGACUCUGGUGCUGCAAAGAUUGCUCCAUGAUCUCAUAAAAACAAAAGGCAUCAUCAACACGUCUCAAGAGAGAGAGAGAGUCCCGCUAAGCGAAAGAGCGUAAAAGAGCGACUCGCGGGGGAAAAUAAAAAAGAAGAAAACAAGUUUUUUUGGGUUGCACUGCGCAAGUGGCUCAAUAGGAAUUUCAAAAUGGCCUCGACAUCGGGUUACAAGGUGUUUGCGUAUGCCCUGCAAAUACUUUGUACGCUGCUGGCUCUGGUGCUAAUAUCCUUUGGCAUCUACAUACUGGUGUCCUACGAUACCAAUCAGAUUGGCUCCUUGGCGGCCUAUUCGUAUAUUGGCAUUGGCGUUGCGGCCAUCAUCAUCUUCCUGUGGGGCUAUCUGGCCGCUUGGCGCGAGAAUGUUUGCUGCACAGUGACUUUCAUCACGAUUUUGUACGUUAUCAUGAUUAUCCAAUUGGCUCUGCUGUUUUUGCUGACGAGAAGUGAAAGCACAGCCGCAUCGAAUUUGGCCAACGCAUUGGAAACGACCUGGGAGGAGGAGCUCAACAGUCCUGGCGCCAUGUCACUGUACGAGAACUGGUUCCAUUGCUGCGGUCGCGGUAGUCCUCAGGAUUAUAUUGUGAAUGAACGCCUGCCGCCGGCUACCUGUUUCCGGGAUCACGACAGAAGCAAGGCCGAUAAUCUGAUUCACACGGGCUGCCGUGUGGAGUUUGAAAACUAUUGGCAGCACUUGCUGAGUAUUUUCAAUAUUAUCGGCUGGGUGCUGGUCGCCGUUGAGCUAAUCCUUAGCAUUGUGUCCUGCGGCCUGUGCAACAGUAUUCGCAACGAUCAUCGUCGCUCAUUCUACUGAAAAAGGAACUUGCAUUUGUUGAAAUUGAAUGGCUUCAAAUAAUAUUAUUAUAUGGCGAUUAAAUUAUUAUUAUACUAUUAUGUAGAGUUGAAGAGCUUGUGGUCUUCUGAAUGUACCUCACAAAUGAAUGCUUUAAACACAAAACUUUUUACAACAAAUUGUUACCAACUUCUGAAGCAUUUACACUUGCGAAUUUUCUAAGAAAAUGCUACAGUAAUAAUUGCUUUUGAUGUACAUACACACACAAACAUACUCGAUAUUGUAACCAAAUUAGUGGCUUAUUAUGCUUUUUAUGGUGUUAUUUACACAGAAACAGAAAACGAUUUUGUAUGAACAUAUAUAUAAGAAAUGUGAAUUAAUUUAUUUCAAUAUUAAUUUGUAAUAAACAACAUAAAAUACCCAAAUAAAGUGUGGUUAAAUGCCUGAAAUCUUUUAAGCGAA